CGCCCGGCUCGAGCUCCGCCCUCCCCGCGCUGCCUGCGGGCCCCGGCUCCUCUGUUCCUGGAGAGCCCUCGGUCGCUGUGGUUGUGGGGCCAGCGAAGGUCCAGUCCCAGGAGCCCCGGGGGCGGCGGCGCCGGGACGCUCGGCCAGCGCACCGCAGGCUUCGCCCGGCGGCCAAUGCUAUUUGCUACUGAUGGGUGUAAGCAAGUUAGAUGUUCUGUACCGGAGACUUCUCCUCACAAAACUUUUUAUCAGAGGAUGGGGAAGGCCAGAAGAUCUUAAAAGACUCUUCGAAUUCAGAAAAAUGAUUGGAAAUCGAGAAAGAUGCCAGAAUUUGGUUUCAAGUGAUUAUCCAGUAUACAUUGAUAAGAUGGAGGAACAGUCAGACUGUAAGAUCCUAGAUGGACACUUUGUUUCCCCCAUGGCCCACUACGUGCCCAAUAUCAUGCCAAUUGAAUCUGUUAUUGCACGGUUCCAAUUUAUUGUGCCUAAGGAGUGGAAUAGCAAAUACAGACCAGUAUGCAUCCACCUUGCUGGAACAGGAGAUCAUCAUUACUGGAGGAGGCGAACACUGAUGGCCCGUCCAAUGAUUAAAGAAGCCCGGAUGGCUUCUUUAUUGUUAGAAAACCCAUAUUAUGGCUGCAGGAAACCCAAGGACCAAGUAAGGUCCAGCCUAAAAAAUGUAUCUGACCUUUUUGUGAUGGGAGGAGCUCUUGUUUUAGAAUCUGCGGCUCUCUUGCACUGGCUAGAGAGGGAAGGUUACGGACCUCUUGGAAUGACUGGAAUAUCCAUGGGAGGACACAUGGCUUCCUUAGCAGUAUCCAACUGGCCCAAGCCCAUGCCAUUGAUUCCGUGUCUGUCUUGGUCCACAGCAUCUGGGGUCUUCACAACGGGUGUAUUGAGUAAAUCAAUUAAUUGGAGGGAGCUGGAAAAGCAGUAUUAUACACAGACAGUUUAUGAAGAAGAAAUUAUUCAUAUGCUUGAAUACUGUGGAACAGAUUCCUUCAAAAUGGGACAAGAGUUCGUGAAACGCUUCCCUGGCAGUGCAGACAAGCUGACUAACCUUAAUCUGGUUUCCAGAACUGUAAAUUUAGAUAUGGCAGACCAAGUUGUGUCCCAGAAACCUGCGGAGAGCCACAGUUCUAGUAAAACCUCUCCUAGUGCUUCAUCAGAAGAACUGUUGUUGCAAGAUGCCUCUAAGAUAGAGUGCUUGGCUCGAACACUUAGAACCAACAGAAGUAGUUACCCAGGUCACAGCCCUCAGUCACACCGCCUACCCAGCAAAGAACAAAGAAGAAACCAUCUUCAAAAAGAAUCUUUGAUAUUUAUGAAAGGGGUCAUGGACGAAUGUACUCAUGUAGCAAAUUUCUCAGUUCCAGUUGACCCGAGCCUCAUUAUAGUGGUACAAGCCAAGGAAGAUGCCUACAUCCCACGCACAGGAGUUCGGAGUCUGCAAGAAAUUUGGCCUGGUUGUGAAAUCCGAUACCUAGAAGGCGGUCAUAUUAGUGCUUAUCUUUUUAAACAAGGACUCUUCAGACAAGCCAUCUAUGAUGCAUUUGACCGCUUCCUCCGUAAAUAUGCCAGCUGAUUGGAUCACAGUGUUAUGCAAUUAAUGAGCAGUUCUUACAAAAGGAAUUUUCAUCCUGUGACAAUGUGAAGAACAAGUAGACAGCACUAGAGUGUGGAAUUCAGUGUUACAGAUCAGUCACUUACAAAUUUUAAAUACAUUUCAGCAAUUUUAAAACAAUGUUUGAAUUAAAUAAUCUCAAAGUAUGGUGUUACUGUUUGUAGGAAUCCCAUAUACUCAAUAUCUAGUCUGUUAUUACUAUUUAUGAAAACUUUACAUUUUCAAUUAUGACUAAUUUAUUAAUUUAAAAUAAAUGUAUUCAUGGGAACUUU